AUGUCCCGGCUAUUCACGAAAGGUGAGAAGGAGAUGAAUAAUCAUCUGCUUCUGGAAGAAAUCGAAGAAUUUCUUGGGAAUCCUACAAGAUCCAUUCGUUCUUUUUUCUCUGACAGAUCGUUAGAACUUCAUCUGGGUUCCAAUCCUACGGAGAGGUGCACAAGAGAUCAGAAAUUGUUGAAGAAAGAGAAAGAUGUUUCUUUUAUCCCUUCCAGGCGAUCGGAAAAUAAAGAAUUAGUUAAUAUAUUCAAGAUAAUAACGUAUUUACAAAAUACCGUCUCAAUUCAUCCUAUUUCACCAGAUCCGGGAUGUGAUAUGGUUUUGAAGGAUGAACUGGAUAUGGACAGUUCCAAUAAGAUUUCUUUCUUGAACAAAAAUCUAUUUUUUGAUUUAUUUUAG